AUGGGGCUCUUCAACGUUCUCUUUGUCUAUCUCCUCGGCGGACUCACCUUCAUCCCGCUGGUCCUGUCGUUAUCCCUUCUCUACUCCUAUCUCGUCCUCCCUCCGCCUUCCCCGCAAUCCAAACGCGCCAGCGAUUCCGCCGAUACCCCCAUCAAUCACCCAGAUGACGAUCAAUACAGCCUUCGGUCAAGAACAGACGAGUUAGCGGAGAAAUUUUAUCGCACCCAUGAUACAGAUGUCGCUGCGGGAUACUUUGUGGUUUGUCGCGAAUAUGUCCCAGGUGGUGUCAAUGGAAAGCCCCCCGAGAGGACUACACCAGCGGGAGAGGUAAUCGCUGCGGAGAGCCCGAGCGUUUACCAGACCAUGUACAGGAGUCUUUUUGACCGGAAACAAGCCCCGACAAUUGAACCGGCAAGAAAUACGGCGAAGAAUGGCAAAAGGGCACGGAAUAUGUUUUACAUUGUGCUUAGGCAUGGCCACUUGAUGCUCUAUGAUGAUGCAAACCAGGUGGAGGUGAGAUAUGUCAUCUCGCUAGCUCAUCACGAUGUGAGCAUCUAUGGCGGAGAUGGGGAAAUCCCCGAAGGUGAACUCUGGUUGAAGAAAAAUGCCAUCAGCCUCUCGCGGAGGCUUGACUCACUUGGUGACCUUGGAGGCCCGACCCCGCCUUUCUUUUUCUUCUCGGAGAAUCUGUCAGACAAAGAGGAUUUCUAUUUUGCCAUGCUCCAGAAUCAGACGAAGAUGGGACAUUCUUCCGAUCGUCCACCCAAGCAUCAGGAUUUCGACAUGAAGCAUAUAGUUGGAUUAGUUCAGCGCUUGCAUUCAUCGGAGGAACAGCUACAGACGCGGUGGAUCAAUGCCGUUCUCGGUCGAGUUUUCCUCGCCUUGUACCGGACUCCAGAGAUGGAGGAAUUUGUCCGGACAAAAAUCAUUAAGAAGAUAUCCCGUGUGAACAAGCCAAAUUUUAUUAGCAAGAUAGGUCUUCGAAGUAUCGACAUGGGGAAUGGUGCGCCCUUCAUCAUAAACCCAAGACUCAAAGACCUUACUGUGGAUGGGGAUUGCUGUGUUGAAACUGACGUUCAGUAUACGGGUAACUUCCGCGUGGAGAUCUCGGCCACCGUACGCAUCGACCUAGGGCAGCGUUUCAAGGCGAGGGAAGUUGACAUUGUUUUGGCAGUAGUGCUGAAAAAGCUAGAAGGACAUUUGUUAAUAAGGUUCAAGCCCCCGCCGAGCAAUAGAGCGUGGGUAUCGUUCGAGUUAAUGCCCAAUAUGGUGAUGGAUAUCGAACCGAUUGUCAGCUCGAAGCAAAUCACAUAUGGUAUCAUCCUGCGGACCAUCGAGAACAAGAUACGUGAAAUGGUAGCAGAGAGCGUGGUGUUACCUUUUUGGGAUGACGUUCCCUUCUUGGAUACGUUAACACAGCGAUUCCGUGGUGGGAUUUGGCAGCGAGAACCAUCUGGACCUGAUUCGACCGUUGAUAUCCCCGAUGAAUCCGGAACUCGGCCCCAAAUGCCGGAAGGAAGCGAAGACAGCACAGUUAAAGUAUUGCAGUCGAAGGAUGACCGUACUAUGAGUGCACCGGCUCUUUCUGAAUCGGUCACCAACUCUGCAAGGCCCCGCAAGAAGUCAGCCCUCCCAGAAGACACAGAAAAAGGUUCUUCGACUGCGUUGCCCUCUCCAAUUGGAAAGACAGCAGGCUCGCCACCACGAGUAAUCCGUUCUCGAACAUUCUCAAAUACCGCCAAUCCGGUAUUGACCGCUGAUCAUGGAAAAAUGGAUGGGAUCCUGUCUGAUUUCAGGAAUGAAGAAAGGAGCAAUGCCUCUAGUGCGAUGGCUGAAAUAUCUAGCCGGUCUCCUGCCACACCAACUAAGAUAUCCAGCAGUUCGCCCCCGGCUGAUACCCAUAGCAUUUCAGAAGCUGUGCAUCACAGCCGCGAAUCAUCUAUAGCUGAUUCUCUUGAGAGCGCAAGGGAAACCGGCAGUGAUGCGCAUAAACGUCCAUCCUCAGUCCACGCAAGUGAACCUAUUAUGAACCUGGGAGGUAUCAUCAGUCGUUCGACCUCGUCAUUAAACAGCAGUAAAACACGUCGGUCUUCGAUCCUAGAAGGCUCAACUAGCUCAACUGCUUCCUUGAUGGAUCCAGACAAAAAGUCCCAGAGCACGCUAUCACUAGGCACAGCGACCUCGAUGGCUAAGAAGUGGGGAUGGAACAUGCUUGGACGAGGGGAAUCGAAUACAGGUGAGGGACUGGGAAUGCCGCGAUCUGCCGGAACUCCGACGGAGCCAUUUGGGCGUGGGCAUCCGCUUCCUCCUCCGGGAACUCCUCUGCCAACUCCUGCAAAGGUCAAUAACAAGAGGACUUCUGUCUCGAUUCCGAAGCGUAAACCUGUGCCGGCAACUCUCCAGGAGCAGGACUCAUUAGAUGACAACGGAAAACCGCAAAACUCACAAUUUCUCCGUCGAAAACCAGUACUUGGCCUAAACGAUGGUGUAAAUCGAUCCGAUGAAUUGCUCGUUAUCGAAGCUCCUUACGACUCGGGGCCCAACAGCCCGGCCGACUUCGCCUCGGCCUCGUGUCUGCCAAAAUCAAUGGUCGAUGUUUCUCAAGAUCCAGUCCAAGAUGAUGCUGAAAUCCAGUCGCCGCAACACAAAGCAGAAGGGCAUGAUGCCACACUUGACGGAUCGUCAAAUAUCAAUCCCCCGGGCCGUGGUGGGAGUAAUCCAAGGGAACACCCAGUCACUAAACACACCUUGUUGUGA